AGUUAAGAGUUAAUAUACCACAUAGUUCAUAUCAUAAUAUAUCAUAUAUCACAUACUUUUCAAAUACUUCUAUUCAAAUCACGGAUAAAAAUCAUUUGAUAUUUUAAAUACGAAAUAAAUCUAAUAUAUUUUAUGUAGUAUUUAAGAGAAAAUAAGAGACAAAAAGAGAAAAUGCUGGACGGCUGUGGCGAUGAGUUGCCCAAUCCCCAUAAGAAUUGCUUGAGGGAGAUGUUGAACACGCUCAUCUGCAGCGAUCAGGAUGUGAAGCGUUUGAACACGGAGUUGAGGAACUUGCAGACCGAGCUGAACGAGGAGCUGCGUAAGAUUGAGAAGGAAAAUGCAACGUGCGAGGAUGUUAAGAAGAAGAUGAUGGAGAAAACAGUUAAGCCUCGACUAUGCGAACCUGACGAGGAGCAAGCAGAGCUCACCAAGCGGCUCAUCAAUCUGGAUGAGGUAAAGCAUUUCUAUUCCAAGCGCUCGGAGGAGAUACGCAAACGCCGAGACAACAUCAUCAUGUAUGCCAGGCAAUGUAUGCAGGCCUACAACGAGGAGAAGUGCAAGUUCAAGGCCUUCCACGAGAACACGGUGGAUUACAUAAAACGCACGGCCACCUUGUCGCAGGACCGGGCGGUUGUGCUGCGCUGCGAGCGGGAUGUUUGCGAGAUGCACAAACGGUUCGUGAAGGAGGUGGCAAACCUAAAGCACUGCGAGACUCAGCUGCAGCCUUUCUUUAAACUCUUGAAGGAGUCCGAUCCGAAUGUCUACUGCGAGUGCUGCUGCCUCAAGGACUACGAUUGGCUGCCGCAGGGCAAGAAUAUGGAGGCAGUCGAUGCCGCCGCCAAGGAGCUGAAGGAGAAGAUGGGCAAAACCUUGGUGAGCGCCUUUGCUCAGCUGCACAUCCACAUGCCUCAGGACAUGUACGGCUUCAUAGCAGGCUACCUGAUGAAUGUGGAGCGCAACGAGCAUGAGGUGAAGGAGAAGCUCGAUCUCUUCCAGGACCACGAGGAGUGCCAGGUUAAGGAGCUUCCCGAUCCCACCUAUCGCUGCGACAACGAGUGCCCCAAGCAAGAAUACCGAAAUAUAUAAUAAAAGAGCCUGUCCGAAGUUUUAUGGAAAAAUAA